GGAGGUCAGAGUGUGUGUGUGUGUGUGUGUGUGUGUGUGUGUGUGUGUGCUUAGACAGGGAGGUGAGAUCUGGUGUGAGACAUAAAUUGUGAGGAUGAGGAGGAGGAAGAUUCCAGAGAAUGAGUGGCAGACGUAUCUCAGAAGCUCACUGAACCGUUUACUUGAGGGAAAGGAGACCAUAUCAGGAUUACCAAGACCAGGACUUCACAGUAGAGGAACUACUACAGAAGAUCCUUCAAGAGAAGACGUGCCAAAAGAUACAAGUUAUGGUGCACAUCUGCAGGCUGUUUGUGGUGAUGGGGAUGUUGUUGUGUCUAAGUGCCCAGUUUGCCAGCUCUCAGCACUGGUCUCAUGGCUGGUAUCCCGGAGGAAAGAGAGACAUAGACGUUUACGAUACCUCAGAGGUUUCAGAGGAAAUUAAACUCUGUGAGGCAGGAAAAUGCAGCUACCUGAGACCCCAGGGAAGAAACAUUCUGAAGACAAUACUGCUGGAUGCCCUCAUACGGGAUUUCCAAAAGAGAAAGUGACACCAAGAUGACGCAACAGUCUGUGUCCAAAGAAAAAUCCUUUCCAGCAAACACAUUAGGCCUGCAUGUCCAUCCAGAUUAUAUAUAUAAUUAUUUUGUUAUUCUGUGAUUUUUUUUGUAUGUUUUGCAUUUCGUUCUGUUCUCAUAUCCAUUGUGAGUGAACCUAUACUGCCAGCACUAUGUAACCA